GUUGAAGACCUUGAUGUUCUCUUAACAGAGACGUAGAAGAUGAGGAGAUUCCUGUUUGUACGGUAGUGAUCCUAAACCUCCGUCCAUCACCUCUAACCCCCAGAUGAACUCAACUCUGCCAUUAGAGAUUGGUGCGUAACUUGUGGAAGAGAACUUUGGAGGUGCAGUCUGUUUGUGCAGCAGAUGGGAAGACGUGUCUGCCUGAGAAAGGGAUUUGUCCUGUGGGAAGGGCCGUGCCUUCCCUCCUUUGCAUCCCCAGCACUCAGACUGCAGCGUGGCACCUGAAUCGUUCCCUUCAAAGCGUGGCAGCAGCUCCUCAGCUGCUUCAGCAUGAGGAGUAAGAGCUCCGUGUUUGAGGACUGCAGGUGCGAGUGCUCAUUUCCCUGUCCUGAAGGAACGGAAGCAGUGUCAGCAGUUACAGAUCUGCUGUUCCAACCAGUAUGCUGUAUUACCCAAACCUAUUUCCUCAUCAGUGCGGCAGACAGUUGUAGUUAGGAUUUGGGCUUUUCUUCUACCAACCUGCUCACCGCUUAGAUUUUAUUUUGUUUCCUCAAGCAGUGGACACAUUCCUGCUAAUCUUACUAUUUAAUUUGGACAGAGCAUAUAUAAGACUGAACAGAUGGCUGAAAGCAGUCAAGGGAAGACUGUAACAUGUUCCUUGUGCUUGGCCAUAUUUCAACCAAGCAGUGCUGUGGGUGUUUGCCCCUGUUGCAACCAAGACCCCGUGUGUUCUGGGAGUGUGUUAGCAGAGACGUCUGAGCAAGCAGCCAGUGACAGCACAGCCCCCCUGGAUGCCUCGCUGCCUCACCUGUUGAAGGAAUCAGUUUCUGUGGAGGAGAUGCCAAAAUUGGAGCUGAGAGAACCUUGUGGAAAAAUGUUCACACAAUCAACUCGCAGCCAUAGUGCAGAAGUCAAAAUUCCUCAUACACGAAUAAGUGAUGGAGCUGCUAUCCAGGAAAUCUAUUCCUUUGGAAGGAAACUAGGACAAGGCAGCUUUGGGGUUGUAAUUGAAGUGAAACACAAAGACACUGGCAAAAAAUGGGCCAUUAAAAAAGUGAACAGGAAAAAGGCUGGAAGCUCUGCUAUGAAGUUACUUGAACGGGAGGUGAGCAUCUUAAAAAGAGUGCACCAUGACCAUAUAAUACACCUAGAAGAGGUGUUUGAGACACCAAAGCGGAUGUAUCUUGUAAUGGAGCUGUGUGAGGAUGGAGAACUUAAAAAAAUUCUUCAUAGUAAAGGACACUUUACAGAAAAUGAGACAAGACACAUCAUCCAGAGUCUUGCUUCAGCAAUAGCAUAUCUUCACAAGAAAGAUAUUGUUCACAGAGAUCUAAAACUGGAAAACAUUUUAGUUAAAAGCAGUGACAUCGAUGAAGCAAAUGAAAUGAAAUUAAACAUAAAGGUGACUGACUUUGGUUUAGCUGUGCAAAAGGCUGGUGGUAGUGUGUUUCAGUCUAUCUGUGGGACUCCUAUAUACAUGGCCCCUGAAGUUAUUAGUGCCCAUGACUACAGCCAACAGUGUGACAUUUGGAGCAUAGGUGUCAUUAUGUACAUGCUACUGUGUGGUGAACCUCCUUUUAUAGCAAGCUUAGAAGAAAAGCUUUUUGAACUAAUAAGAAAGGGAGACCUGUGCUUUAAAAAUACAGUUUGGGAAACAGUUAGUGAGGCUGCAAAACAAGUAUUGAGACUACUUCUGAGAGUAGAUCCUGCUCACCGAAUCACAGCUAAUGAGUUACUUGAUAACCAGUGGAUAACGGGUGACACACGUGCUGUCCAGAGACCAUGUAAUGUCUUGGAGUUGAUGAAGGAAUGGAAUAAUAAUCUGGACAUUGGUGAAGUAUGCAGUGUAGAAGAAGAAUCAAAUAACCCAGCUACUGCUUGCCAACCGAAGGAAAUCAGUGAAGCACAAGAAAGUUCUACCAGGAACAAUGGUUACGUAAAACUUGGUGCAGAAGCUGAAACAGAGAAUGGGGGCAAUAAAUCCUCCACGGCAGUGAAACAGAUCAGCAAGAAAAAAAGUAGCACACCCGCUUCACCAAAUGGAACACUUAAAAAGAAGAACGUGACCCCCAAGACUUCCAGUGCUUCCUCUGCAGGUAGGUCAACAUCUCCAGUAUCAAUUUCAAAGCGGAAUCUGGAGUGUCAACAGAAGAAGGGAGAACUGGACAAGUCCGUAGGGCCUUCAGCCCAGGGACUGGGAAAUAAAAACCUGCAGAAGCCUGCUGUCGCACUCCGAUCCAAAAAGAAAUCAUAGGGUAUCCCUCAGCUCUGAACGACUUCAGAGUAAACAACUAUUACUUGUGCCAAAAUGAGCAGACUUUAUAAGGAUGGACAAAUAUAUCCUGAACUGUUUGUCUUUUUACUUCUGGACCCUUUAAUCAGAAAGCUUUAGCUUUCCUUUAACAUUGAAGAAAAUCUGACAGCAGUGUGAACUCCUAACCUGUAAGAGGACAUCCACUGAUAGUAUUUUUGUCAGAGUACAAAUUAUAGAAUUGUCUAAAAAUGUAUGUAAUUUAUUUGUUCUCUACUAACAGGCAUCAUGCCAGGUAGGCAGUUUGCUUUCACAAAUCCAUUUUCCUGUGUUUUACUUGCAUUUACUUUCUUUAGUUUUGUCACAAACAUUUAAGGGGAAAAAUGAGGCCAGGGAUUCCUGAUAACUGUGUGCUUUACACUGUGACAAUAUUCUAGGAAAUUGCUUAUAAAUUUGCUCUAGGCAUUACAGCACAAGUGCUUCAGUCUGGAAUUUGUUCCUACUAUUUUAGGUUGCUGUCAGUUGCUUAUUUUUAAGCAGAACUUAUUUUAAGCUUGACAAAUGGGAGAUGUAUUUUUAAGUACAAUGGAAUUGCUAUGGUUCUCACUACUGAAUUUCUAGUGCGUUGAUUAAGUUCUUUAACUAAAACAGGUGUUAGAAUAAUGACCUUUACAAGUUAGUUAAUCUUCAUUUUCAAAAGGAUGAGCUUAGGUUUAUUAUACAUUUAUAUAAAAUACAAUGUGAUUUACUGUUCCAAAGGCAAUGCCAUUCUUUAAGGACAGAUCUUACUGGUAGACUGGCAUUCUGGUGCAUUAUGUGAGCAAAUAGUGUACACACUUAGUUGGUCAAGAAUAAUUUCCUUCAAUAUAUGCUCAUUCUGUGUUACAUAUUAUUCAAGUAGUUCUGCUGAGACAAUUUGAGGAGACACCAACUGCUCAAAUCUCUUCCUUUCUCCACAAUAAUCGUAGAGUUCCUCUUAGCGAUGUUACAGCCUUGAUUUUAUUUGUUAAAUAAUUUUAUUUAAAAGCCAAAUUCUUUCUCUGAAGAUACCUGAAAACUUGGAGAGAUCUUAUUUACAAUAAACUAAUUAAGAGCUUUUGACAUCAUGUAAUAUUAAAAGGGUAAUACAUCACUGAUUCUCACUGAAGAAAGUAUUUGUGUG